AGUCACUGCUGGCUUUGAGCCACCUACAGUUCAGGAAAAAGCAGCCUUCUGUGAGAGCAGUCAGUGAUUGAGCUCAGAGCCCAGUUUCCUCUGUUGCAAGUAACAAGCAUCCAGACUCCCAGGUCCUGUGGAAAGCUGUGAAAGCUGUAUACAGAUCUCACUCAACCCAAGGGCAAUCAUGGAUACUGAGCAGCAAAUGGCCACUUUCAAAGCCCUGAAUUAGACAAGGAAAAUAAGAUUUUUAGAGCAGACACAGAUACCUGCUGGAGGAGAGCACCAACCAGACACUGCAAAGGAUUUUACUGGGGUUAAAAGGAGACAAUGUUUAACUGGCAUAAAGGCUUUUUUAUUCUGCCUCAGUGGAAGAAAGGAAAGAAGACUGUUGACUCUGAAAGUGAGGUGGUCCUUACCCACAUAAAGAAGCUGACAAAUGAAUAUAAAAAUGUUGUGGUAGACCCCCAUUGUUGUGUGGAUGGUAGUGUGCUUCUCCACACUGACACUUCUUCGGAUUACCAGGAAGCUGUGUCCAUUAAAGAGAAUGAGUCCAAAUUAAUCUAUGAGAACAAUAUUUGUGAAAUGGGCGUCUCUGAUUCACUUAAUCAGCUUAAGAGUUUAUUUAAAUUUGAGUCUGAGGAUUCUGGGGUUGAGAUGCCAAGUGGAGCUAACUCACCGUCCACUCCAAAAGGUUCAGAAAAGAGUUUUGUGAUGCACAGUAGAGAUUCUUCCUGUGACUCUGGUGUUCUCAGUGCAUCUUCUUCUCCUACUGUUGGACACGUUGAAAUGAAAGCAGGUCCAGUUGAAGAUAUGAACCAUGCAUUCGUGUCUGAUAUUAAGCAAAUUACAAAUCAGGAUUACACUGAAAAUGUUAAAGAAAGUUCUCCAGAAUCUGAAACAACCAUGGAAGAUUUAAUUGAAUGCCAAGAGGAGGAAUUAGAAUGUGGUAACGAAAACAAAGCGUCUACAGUCAAUUUUUUUAAUAAUGGACUAUCCUCCACAAUGGCGGAAGAGUGUAACUCCAUGGAUGAUUUUUACAAGGACAAUUUUGAAGAUAUCCAAGAUUUGCAUGAACACAAUCACCUAAAACGAUACCCAACGAGUGACAGCUUGGAUGAAUAUAUGGACGAGUGUUGUCGACUGAGUGAGGUAAAUCAGGGAGCUUCUAAGGCCUUAGGUUCGGGCCUCGGAUAUUUGGAACAUAUUUGUCAGCUCAUAGAAAAAAUUGGGCAGCUUCAGGAACAUAACCUCAAAUUGCAAAAACAGGUCUUCAGCUUACAAAAGGAGGACAGAAUGAAACAAAUGAGAGAGGAGUAUUUUGGACAGCACUGCUCUUGUGGAGCAGCAAGUGUUUUGCUCAGUUCGUACCAGGAGUCUAAGAUGCAUUUUCCUGUAAGGAGGAAUCGGCCACACAGCAUGUUUGUACAGAGUGGAAACCAGUCUGACCUCUCCAUGAUCCCAGAAAUCGGGGUUAGCUAUGAAAAGUUUGGCUACAAAGGAGCGAAUGCACAGACAGAUGGGAGAAGCAGUCCUUCGGUUUUAGGGUUGCGGAAACCCUUGAAUAAAUUGAAAUACGAGGAGAGGAACCCACAAAUGUGGGAAAGGAACUACAAUGACGGGUUUUCACAACCAGAUCAAGAGAUGAAAAAGCUUGAAAUCCACCCAUGGGGACGUGUCCGAGACCUUCUAAAGAAGACGAAGACCAAGAAUCAGAAUAAACUGGGAUUAUCGUCUGCAUCCCUCAAACGAUCCUGUCCUCAAUUAUAUAGGCCUGAUCUUUUUACCAAUGACCUCAAGAGAAAAGACAGAAAUUCUAUGAUUGUUUUGAGUCAGAAUGUCAGCAGAGAAAAUGCCUGGUCCAGUUUGUAUGUGUUAAACAGGAAAGAAGACGAUAUGUGAAAUUUAAGGGAAUGGUUCCACGGAUAAGAAGAUAACAGACAGAAAUCGAAUGUCAAAGUAUGUUAGAGUGUGAAGACAGUGAUGUGACAAGGACAUCAUAACAAAAACGAGACAUCUCGGACAGAGAAAUGGAUGUCCUAAAUUUUUAAGGAAGUUGUUUAUUUUGUUGAUAUUGUUUGAAGAAUGCGCAAGAACGGAUUCCUUAUAUCUUAUAUUCAGUUAAAAAAAAAAAAAAUCGAACAUUGUUGAAAAUGUUGCCAUUUUGCCCUCAAAUGAUCAGGGCGCGUCGUGGUACUUUAUAAAUAAUGAAAGAUAUUUACUAAAAAUUCAUCAAAAAUAAAGAUAUUUGCUCCACAUAGAAUUUGUACUGAGAAAGAAAAAAAAAUCUGAUGUCACAUCAUUUCAUGCCAAAGCAUUAGGUUUGGUAAAUGAAGUUCUCUCUAAGGAAAACUGACAUAUCUUAUAUUCACUGUGUUUAUACUGUACACAUAUAAUGUAGGAGGUGAUAUAUUUAUAUUCAGGCCUGGACAGCACUUAUCUUUAUUUGCAAAAAUGUAUGCGUGUAAUAAACCACAAGAUUCUUUCUAAAUUUCCAUACAAAGGUCCAUAUACCUGUUGUAAAUAUAUUUAAUCUGACACUGUAAAUGUAAUUGUUUAACACCUGUUGACUUCACAUUUGUAAUGUUUGUUCAUCAGCAGAGGAGGACCGUUUGAGACUUUAUUUAGGAAUUUAUUGCUCUGCUUGACGGAGCAAGUUGUGCCUCGUCUUUAACUGCCAACAAACUCCAUUUCCGAGAGGCCAUCUUCCACAAGGACACUUGGACAAAGUGGCAUUAAACUGCAGCAAAUAACACGUUUUUGAUAUAUAAGAAAAUAUUUAUUUUUUUCUCUUUUGUUGGAGAUAUUUAUCUCUUCACUUUCUGCACGACGUAUCAUUUACAUUUUUUUUACACCUAUACCUGCAUAGGGUUUUGAGACGAUGGAUGUUUCCUUGUCUUCGUUAGGUGGUAGGACGCUUCCAGGCCAAUAAAGACAAACCUUCGCAUCCCAGAUGUUUCCAAACUAGAUUCUUAUGAUGGUGGUUUAGCUGAAAUGUAGUUCGCAAACAUUAGUUCUUGUCAAGAUUAGUCAUUGCCACUGCCUGAGGCUUACUUGUAGCAUUUAAAGUUGGAGGGAAUGCUGAUGGAGAUAGUUAUUUAAAAAUGACAUAUAUAUAGUGUAACAAGAGGAACAUUACCACUGAGUGCUAUGUUAGCUGUAUAAAUCUACUCCCCAGAGAUGGACCCGUAAAAUAAUGAGGCAUCUCUAAUAUUUUUUUUCAGAGCAAUUGUUUUAAAAAGCAUGAUGAUAACGUUUAAAAUUAUUUUUUUUUUCAUUUAAGUGCAUAAUUUGUAAAUGUUUGAGAUGUAAAUGUAUUGUAUUAUUUUACGGACGGUUUACCUUAAGAUGAAUUUUUUUCUUAUUCUCUUACAUAAAUCUUACCCGCUAUUUAUAUGGCUGGAGAGAUUGGGUUCAUGAUUAUUCUGUGAAUAGUCUUUCUUUGACUUCCAUUUCACAAAGUGUUAUAUAAAUGACUUUAUAUUCUUUAUUACAGGAUCUUGCAUUCUAUUUCAAUAUAAUUUUUAUAAAAUUAACUCAUACUCCAUUUAUAUCAGUAGUCAGACUUUUAUUAUACUUAAGCUGUUUAUAUUUAUAAACUAUGCCAAUGUGUAUUUUUACAAGGUGUACAAUUCAGAAACAAAAUGUUUUAAUAAACUCAUAUAUAGAAAGUU